GAGCCCUAAACACAGUGCAUCUGCCUGCAGCCUGCCUGCACGCCUGCCUGCAGCCUGCCCGCAACCAGCCCAGGGCUCAGGGUUUGGCCUUGCUUCCCAGCCAUGCUGCUGCUCCUGCUACUCCUGGAGGCCACCCUGCUGCAGCUGGCCAGCGGCUCCCACCACCCCUUCUACAACGGCUUCUACUACAACCACAUGAUGAACGACAUGGGCAACGGGCAGGACAAAGAUUACUUCAAUGGAGCCAGACUGGUGGUGGAAACCUCCAAAGACCCUGUCUACAGCUACAGUGGUGCCAACGUUACCUUGCCCUGCCACUUCCGCUACGAGCCUGACCAGGGAGAUAAGCGCAAAAUCCGCAUCAAGUGGUCCAAGAUACGGGACGACUACACCAAGGAGCAGGACGUGGUGGUUGCCAUUGGCAAGACCAACGUGGCCUUUGGGGACUUCAAGGGCCGUGCUCACAUCCACCGGGGCAGCCGGCAUGAGGCCUCGCUGGUCAUCAGUGAUGUGCACCUGAAGGAUGAUGGCAAAUACCGCUGCGAGGUCAUCGACGGGCUGGAGGAUGAGAGCGACGUGGUGGAUCUCCGGCUGCAAGGCAUCGUGUUCCCCUACCAGCCUCCCCGAGGGCAGUACAGGCUCAACUUCCACGAAGCCGAGCAAGUGUGCCAGGACCAAGGUGCCAUCCUUGCCAACUUCAACCAGCUCUUCCAGGCCUGGAGUGAGGGGCUGGACUGGUGCAACGCGGGCUGGCUGGCCGAUGGCACCGUGCAGUACCCCAUCCGCCUGCCCCGCAAGCCCUGCGGGGGCGUGCACCUCGCCCCGGGCAUCCGCAGCUACGGCCCGCGCCACCGGCACCUCCACCGCUUCGAUGCCUUCUGCUUCUCCUCCGCGCUCAGAGGAGAGAUUUUCUACCUGGACCGCCUCGCUGGGAUGACGCUGGAGGAGGCCAAGCAGAGCUGCCAGGAUGCAGGGGCCGAGAUUGCCCGGGUGGGGCAUCUCUACUCUGCCUGGAAGUUCCUGGGGCUGGACCGCUGCAGUGCUGGCUGGCUGGCAGACGGCAGCGUCCGCUACCCCAUUGUCAAGCCCCGGCCCAACUGCGGCCCCUCAGAGCCCGGUGUCCGCAGCUUCGGCUUUCCCAGCAAGGGCAGGUUUGGGGUCUUCUGCUACAAGGAGAGAUAAGGAGCCAGGAGAGAUCCUUCUUGGAUGAAGGAUGUUUCCAGCCUGACAGUGCCUGGUGUUGGGCAUUUCCCAGGGCUGUUUUAGGGGUGACUGGGGGGAGGUGGGAUGGGGGGAGGCUUCUUUUUGUUUUGUUUAGUUUCGUUCCUUUAUAUUUUCCACAUCUUGCUCAGCAGCUGGCACAUGCAGCUGCUUGGGGCAGCUGCCAGCUGGGCAGCGUGGGACAGUGCCUGUCAUGGGAUGUGUGCAAGGACGAUCCCCACGGGCUACAGCUGCCACUCCACUUGGCCCUGCCACUCCAUGGGUGGUGGCCCCUUCCUGCGGUGGCAGGUUGUCACUGACACCUGCCUGCCCUUCCAGGCUGGUCCUACCCCUGAGUUCAUGAGAUGGGAGUGAGGCAAAGCUGGAUUUGGCCAGAGUAGAGAGCAGGCGUCUCUGUUGCACCUGGCCCCUCUUCCAGCCCCAUCCCUGACCCGCUGAAGGAUGUUAUUGUGCCUGUCCCUGCGGGAGCGCCAGUGCCUUAUCUCCAUGUGCCUGUUGCCUGGACUGCACUUGAAUUCUGGUGCCUUCUUCUUUGAUCAGUUGUUUAUGAAAAGAUGUAUUUUCCUGGACGUCUUCUAAUAAACUGGAGAAAGCCCUGAAGUGACGUGGCUGUCCGUCUCUCUCCCAGUACAAGAGAGGAGUCUGACAUGGAGAGAGGAUUUGGGAAUCCCUGGCUAGUUGCCUAGGACUGUCUCAUCCUUGGCUGAGCAUUGUCUUAUUGCUGCUGGCUCCGCCCUGUGCCCACCCAAGCUCAGGCAAAGGCUUUGUGUUCCCUCAGUAGUGAGUGCUAAUUAACCCCCUGGGUGUCAGAACUGAAAGCUGG